UCUCGAACUCCUCCCAGAGGAAGUCGCUUCUUCUUUAAGGAGUAUCAAGGUCAACCGGCGCGACGGUGAUACAGAUAAUAUCCAAGUCGGUUCUUCAUAAACCACGAUCGCGCUUCGCUGACAGAUCAUCCUCUGCGUCCCUCAGGCGUGCACGCCUGUCGCGAGGAUAACGCCGAUAAGAUCUCGUGAUAUGAGAUCUCUCGACUGCUACUGUGGCACUGGAUUAUUCACAAGACUCCAAACUGAUACUGACUCAUAUCGGAUUAACUUCAACGUUCACUCUGUACCAUCAUGAUGUGGGCAACGUUGCUGUCAGAACUCGUUCUACUGUUGGUGAUAACAUCUGGUCUUCCUCGAAGCAUUAGUGAUGUCAAAGGCCGAUGGAAGCGCAGUAUCGAUCUGAACGAUGUCUACUACACGAAAAUGCGUCAAUAUAGAUUACCGAGUGAAGUUAUACCGACCAGUUAUCACGUGGAUAUCAAAAUACCUUUCAUCGAGAGCAACCAGUUUAACGGUCGUGUUAAGAUCAAUCUUACCUGGUCCGACACUAGUGAUAGAAUAACACUGAACGUCCAUCCAAAUCUUGAGAUUUCAGUAGUCGCUGUCAGACUGCUCAAAUUACCAGCCGAUGAACCAAUAGGAGACGAAUUAUAUUUCAAUAUCGCACGAACCGAACGGCAGAAUAGGAAAUCCUGGUACAUCAUUUAUCUGGAACAAAUGUUGAAGAAUGGAAGUGCCUGCGAAGUCGAUAUCACAUACUUUGGAAAUCUGACGACUAAUGAAACUACUGGCCUUUACAAAAGCGCAUAUAUGGAUUCCGAAGGUCGAAAACACCCCUUCAUAGCCACUUAUUUACAAUUAGAUAACGCACAGAAAAUGUUCCCCUGCAUGGACGAACCACCUUAUAAAGCCACUUUCAAGCUGAGUGUACUUUAUCCUAAGGGUUUAACGGCACGUACAAACACGCCUACAAUCUUUGCGCGUGAGUCAUCCGACAAAAUUGAAGAAGAAUUUGCAGAGACACCUCGAAUGUCGACGAAUCAAUUUGCUCUCGUAAUAUCCGAUCUGCAGAACAUCGAGCCCACGAAGGAAAUUAAUGAAAUGAAUGGAAAAAGACUGCAGGUGAAGGUUUGGGGUCGCAAAGAAUUCAUGGAGUCAUUGCUUAAUGUCCCUAACAAAGUUGUGAAAAUUAUUAACUAUUUGCAAGAUUAUUUUAAUACCUCCCUUGGUCUACCGAAAUUGGACCUCAUGGCGAUUCCCAUGUACAGCACUUGUAAAGCUUCCGACAAUUGGGGUCUCAUGUUCUUCAAGGAAAGCGAACUCAGUAGUUCUCUAGUCUGGACCACUACGAAUGAACUUCUCUAUCAAUGGAUCGGUCAAUCCGUUACACCGUAUCGUCGAAACGAUGCACCGGUUAACAAAGCUCUUAAUUCGUUCUUAGCAUCCAUGACGACAAUCGAUCUCAAUCCGAAUGAGAUGGAAGGAAAAUGGCCGAUGACAAUGUUGUAUCCUCUGUAUUACGAAUUUGCGCAGACAGCACCUUUUUCAAGAGUAGCUGGAAUCAGACAAGAAGCUACAUGGACUAAAGCCGAGUUAGUUUUCCGAAUGCUUAAUUACACUCUUGGGCGCGACCUAUUCCAAAGAAGCGUGAGGAAUUUCUUCCAUCAGCAAUCGAAAGAAGAUCGCAGAACCUUCUUCGCCAACGAUAUCUUCACUUAUCUGAACGAUGUGGCGAACGAGACGAACAAUCUGCCACCAGGCCUGACCAUCAACGGCAUCGCUGCCUCGUGGAUUAAUCGAGACAGAGUGCCGUUGGUCACGGUCAUACGCGAUUACGAAACUGGAAAAAUUAAUCUCACUCAGAAAGUCUAUUUGAGAGAUAUACCACCGCAAUCUACAGCGAAAGUAUCCUAUCAGUGGGACAUUCCGAUCGUGAUGCAGGCACAAAAUAAAUUGAAUUUUCACAACACUAAACCGACUGUGUGGCUAAAAAAAGAAAAUGUACCGAAAAAUUACACUAUCUCGGACAUUACCGACAAAGAUAACUUCAUUAUUGUGAAUCCCGAAGAAAUCGGAAUGUUCCCGGUAAACUACGAUACGUGCAACUGGAGGAUGUUGUCGCAAUAUCUGCAAGGGCCAGAUCGUGAGAAAAUACCUCCUUUAACCAGAGCAAAACUUCUGCACGAUGCAUGGAACUUGGCAUACGCUGGCGAACUGUGCUUUGGCGUUGCGAUGAACAUGACUCUCUUCCUCAAGGAAGAAAAGAGCCAUGUGGUUUGGGAACCAGUAUUCACAAUGAUUAAUCAUAUCGGUCGGCGCAUCGAGGGCUUGGACGUAUAUUUGAAAUUUGAAGCGUAUAUUCGAAGCUUAUUGAAGCCUCUCUACUUGGAACUUGGAGAGAAUCCUCAACCUGAUGAACCUUCCUGGAAAAUCCACAUGCGUGGUCUUAUGCAGAAUUUCCUUUGCCGUGCUGGAUAUGAACCUUGCGUUAUGGAAGCCAGAAAUCAAUUCAAAAAAUGGUUGACUGACGAAGAGCCGGACAAAGGAAAUCCGGUCGCCAACAAAUUCCUUUGCCCCGUAUUCAAAUGGGGCACCGACGAAGAAUGGGAGUUUGGAUUGCAGCGAGUCAUAAAUUUCCCGAAGACCAGCCUAGCUAGAAAACAGAACGAGCGCACCUAUUUAUUGAAGACUCUCGCUGGAUGUCCGAAGGAUGCAAACAAGAUCGAAAGAUUGCUGCAAGUAGCUGUGCUGGACCAAAACGAGAAUUUCACGGACUCGGACAUCCACUUGAUCUUCAGUAUGCUAACCGGCAGUGCGACCGGUUAUAAAACUCUGUUCAACUUCUUACUCGAUCACUGGUACACUGUAAAAGAACAAUUCGAGAACAAGACCUUCCUCUGGGACGGCAUCGUCAAUUUUGCCACGUCGUCGUUCAACACGCAGGAAGGUUACGAUAAGGUGAGCAAGCUGUACAUGGAUCAUCAGGACGAAUUUGAAUCAGCGGAUGCCAUCAUCAAGAAAGCGCUUAAGAUCAUUAAUCAGGAGACUAAAUGGAACGAGGAGAACGUGCCUGUGAUCGAUAAUUGGCUCAUAAAAAAUCUAUCUAAAGAAGACCUAGAAGCGAUCGCGGCUUCGACAUCUCCGUCUUCUAUUCUUUCCACAACGAACGUGCCGACAACGAUCAAACAGCUAGAUACGGAAAUCCGAUUCCACGGAUGAAUAAAAGGACUCGAGUCCGGUGGUAUUGCAUUC